AACAAUAGUUGAUAUAGUAGAAUAAAAACUACCCAAUUAGGAAUUGGCAAGUAAAUCAAGGGAGAAGGAAUAUAUAAAACUAUUUGUAGCAAAACCCGUUCGUUAUAUUCAACCUAAAUACAAUACAGACUCUUCAGCAAAAGUAGAAGCUUUGACAACUAAAAACAACCCUGCGAAAUUAGCUAAAAUCAGUUCAACCGGCGGAGCAAAAACCAUCUUGCAGAAGCAAAAUUUCCUUGAACCUGAAUGGAAACAAAAGAUGGCAAGUAGUAUAAAGCAGUCAACCAUACAACCGGAAGUUAUCCGACAACAGUACACGGAAUGUCCAGAAUGUUCAAAGAAUUACAACGAUUUUCUUCAGGUACCACGUGUACUGCCGUGCCUGCACGCGAUGUGCGUCUCGUGCCUUGAAUCAACAGCUACACGUGGUACUGUGAAAUGUCCCACGUGCGAUGUACGUCAUAAUGUUCCAAACGGGGACUUAGAACAGUUUCGAUCAGAUGAAACCAGACUUUUCCUCGCCAACCACAAUAGAGUUCAAGGAAGAAACCCUGAGAUUGUCUGUCAGGAAUGCAAAAAUUCAUCCCGCCUGGCUCGGCACAGAUGCAAAGAAUGUGCGCAAUUUCUGUGUGCGGACUGUAAUGACGCUCACGGACGUACAAAGGUUACCAAACGACACCACGUCCUUGGCCUUGAAGAGCUUCGCGAAGCGCCCCUGGACGAUUUUCAACAGGUACAUUAUUGUACCGUAACAGGCCACGAAGAACAACCGUAUGCCUUUUAUUGCAUGUCUGAAUCAUGUGACCGCCCAGUCUGUGCACUCUGCGCAGUCGCAGAACAUCAGGAGUCAAAAGGGCACGAUAUUCGGGAGAUUCACGAAGUUUAUGGAGAUGUACGAAGAUCGAUCGAAGGUUUAAUGUCAGAUGUAAAGCACAGAACCCUUUCUGCUCAAGACACUGUCACUUCCAUUGAAAACACCACCGAAAGUCUAGAUUCAAACCUACAUCUAGCUGUAACUAACAUAGACACCGCUUUUGACAACGCGGUAAAGGCACUGGAACGCAGACGAGUUGAACUAAAGGACAAGGCUCAUGCAAGAACAAGAGAGAAGAAAAAGAGAUUAGAUAGUCAGAUGGACAGUAUCAAUUUCCAUAUCACAAGUAUGGAGGAUGCAAAUGAAUUUUCUGGAAAUAUUACAAUGUACGGAAGCCAGUCAGAACUAUUAUUCUUCAAGGAUACAAUUAUCGACCGGCUGAAUUUCCUCCGCGAUGAAGAAUUUGAUACGAUCCCGCACGAUAAUGACGAAAUAAAAUUCAAAGGGAAGAAACUUGGCGAGGAUUUCAACAAACACGUGCGGGACUUGGGUGAGAUAUGGAGUACGUCUGCAUAUGGUCCCAACACGCAUGUGGAAACGAGUGACGUCAUUAAAGAUAGGGAGCAGACGAUAAUGAAUAUUACAUUAUUUGACAGCGAUGGUCUGCAGCAGUCUGAAGGUGGCGCUGAUCUCCGAGUAGACGUGAGCGAUCCCUCUGGCCGCCGUAGAAAUGCUACUGUCGUUGACAACACAGCCAGAACUGGUCGAUACAAGGCGAUAUAUAUGGGGACAAUUAAGGGGAAGUAUCGAGCCACAGUGUACUUACACGGAACACCGAUGCAAAAUGAUCACAUGUUUCGCGUGUCGUCACCAAGCACAAUGCAUGUGGAGCGCCUUAACCUUCGUGAAAAAGACGAUCGUACCAGUCGUCCUAUGAGGACAGCAACACCAAGCGAAAUGUCACAGGACAUGUCGCCCAUUACAGAUCAUAUGCUUGGCGACGUCAUUUGUCCUGGGUUUGUUUUUGAUGCCACGACAUCAAGUUCUUCAGUUGAAAUCCUUGAGGAUGGAAAAACUAUGAAGGCAAAGCCAAACAAAGGUAACACAACACGACGAACAGGCCGAGAACAAGGUAGAUUCACAAUAUUCCGUGGAGCCAUGGCAACACGUCCAUUUCAGAAGUCUGGGUUGUACUAUUUCGAAGUGGGGGUGGUUUUUAAAAUAUCAAAGCUGAUUCGGCAGGAACACGUGUUCGAGAUAGCUCUGGCAAAACUUGACUGCAUUGAUCGUCAUCCAUCCGUCGACUGCCAUCCAUAUGCUUGGAGUAUCAGCGCACGUGGUUGUCACGUGUGCGGGAAGGUGUGUUUACAGGCAUGGCACAAUGGCCAGCUUCUGUCUCACACAGCCAUAUGUGCACGCACGAAAUCACCUCCGGGCUCUUUCAUACGAUUGUACUAUGGAUUUCUACUAGAUGCGGAACGUAGGCACUGGAUCGUUACGGAUGUCAAAAAUAAAAAAGUUAUCUUUCGGUUUAAGAAUCUCGUUGUCUCCGAGAUGUCGGAACCACUAUGGCCAGUGUUUUCGGUUGGAAACUCGGAGGCAGUUUCAACUGUGAUGACGUUGAAGACGGGACGCGUGAUAGACAGUAUUCCCGAACAGUCCCUCGAGGCACUAGCUCCUUAGUGACUAAACAUUAGUGUCUUAUUUCCCGCGAGACACCAGUAGAAUUUGAGCUGGAUACUUCAUCUAAAGAUGUACAAGAGAAAUAAUUUUCUAUAUGGUUUGCUAUUCAAUUUAAUUUCAAAACUUUUUGUUUGUUUGUUUUAGUUUAGCUGAAUGUACAUAUCACUUGGUAAUUGUAUAAUAUCGAAUUAACAGGACCUAUAUCAUUUGGAUCUCUCUGGAACACUUGGAGUUUCUCUCCCAUUCAAUUAUAACCUUAAUUUCGAAUGUUUAUGUCAGAUAUAGUGCUGUCAUGAAAUAACAACUGGGAAGAACUUCCAAGUAGAGAUGUCUAAAUAACUGAACUUUGUUAAUUUUUGCGUUUGCUUAGGUCAAAACUGUGUGAUGUUUUUUGCACAGUAUCAUGCAGUUUUUCAUUUUUAUAGUAAAUAGUUUCCAGUAUAUACAUAUAUAUAAGUGUUUGUGUUAUUGUUGCUGUUUAUUUGUUUGAAUCAGGUAGAUUGUUUCUACUAUAACUGUCCUGUUCCAUAUAUCAGUAUUUGAAAGACGCCGCCGCACAAAAUUCGUAUGGAGUGUUAUACUGACACUAAAUAGAAAAGUGCGCGAAAAAAAAAUGCAUAAUGGCGGAUACAGAUAGUCCUCAGUUUUUUUGGCUCUGUAGAGCUAUUUUCCUUAUUUUCUUUGCAAUUGUUUUGAUAAAAUCAUAUAAUCUAUGCUUGACAUGUAGGUAGCAUUUUCAUAAUGAAAUAACAACAUGACAAAAUUUUUCAUGGAAACUUAGAUCAUACACCACCAGUAUAAUUUGGGGUAUAAUUUUUAGCUGAUUUUGCAGUUUGUGUGUUUGACUGACAUUAUUUUUCUUGCAUCAAACAUGACCCCCACUUUUCUUUUGAUUUUUAGUUAGCACUGACAAUAUUCUUCAAGAAAAUGUAAGUUACAGACAUUUAAAAUGGGUCCUGAUGUGUGCUGCGGUCAUUGGAAAUAGGUCAAUUUUAUAUAGAAUAAAGAACAACAACUA